ACCACCGAACAUCAUUGUUGUAUCUCACCUGCAAAAUGCAAAUUGCUGUGUAUAUCCCCACGCUAGGAAGGAAAGUUUAGCGGGUGGGAUUUUUAUUUAAAACAUGGAUGGCAUAAUAAACUUAAGUCCUAAAGCGAAAGGAAAGAAAAUUUUAGAGAAGAAGAGAAUACAAGGGCAUUUUGUUUCUCCAGUAAAAUUAUUGUGUUAUAUAAACUUAAAACUCAUGGUCUCUUUUUGCUUGCCGCUUGCUACGUGAAAAGCUCCCAAUAAAAUCAUCCAUCAAUUUUCCUAACACGUUCUCUUGCCAAACGAUUAAGCAUGGCUGACAAUGUUUCUGUUGAAGAGUUCUUGGCCACUGCAGUCGAUGCAGCAAAGAAAGCCGGCGAGAUAAUCCGUAAAGGGUUUUAUCAGACCAAGCAUGUGGAGCAUAAAGGCCAGGUCGAUUUGGUCACUGAGACCGAUAAGGCAUGUGAAGAUCUUGUGUUUAACCAUCUUAAGCUGCAUUACCCUUCUCACAAGUUUAUUGGGGAAGAAACUACCGCGGCUUACGGUACAUCAGAGCUUACGGAUGAGCCUACCUGGAUAGUUGAUCCUCUUGAUGGAACAACUAAUUUUGUCCACGGGUUUCCCUUUGUCUGUGUCUCCAUUGGUCUUACCCUUGGAAAGGUUCCUACAGUUGGUGUUGUUUACAAUCCAUUAAUGGAUGAGCUCUUUACCGGUAUACUUGGGAAAGGUGCUUUUCUCAAUGGAUCUCCUAUUAGAGUGUCAUCUCAAACAGAACUUGUGAAGUCUCUCCUUGCAACAGAGCCUGGAACAAAACGAGACACACCAACUGUGGAUGCUACUACAAAUAGAAUCAAUAACUUACUUUUCAAGGUGAGAUCAGUCCGGAUGAGCGGUUCAUGUGCAUUGAAUCUUUGUGGAAUUGCAUGCGGAAGGCUUGACCUGUUUUAUGAACUUGGAUACGGUGGUCCAUGGGAUGUCGCAGCUGGCGUUUUAAUGGUUAAAGAAGCUGGGGGCCUCGUGUAUGAGCCGUUUGGCAAAGAUUUCGACAUCACAGUUCCACAGGUCGCCGCUUCGAAUCCGUUCUUGAAAGAUGCAUUCCUUGAGGCUUUGCAGCAUUGAUAAUCUCCUCAUAGUCCUGAAAUUGCCUCUACUUGAUAUGAUAUAUCUUAGCUUAUUUUUGUUAUUGUUGUAAUUGGUCAAAGAUUCCUUUCAGGGAUAAAUGUGGGUUUAGAAACAUUAAUGAUUCUUGGAAUAGGCAUGGUCCUCCCUGACCGGUGGCAGACAGAUUAUUUUGUAGAAUCCAGUUGAUAUUAAAUCUCACAAGGUUGGCAGAUACAAUGAAGAAAAAGAAAAACAUUUUGGGGAAUCUACCAGCCCAAUUUAAUGAAAAA